AUGGCCUUUCAAAAGUCCAACAUACCGACUCAAUUUCAGGAACGGAUCACUUCUCGCCACUGCGCAACUGUCUCAGCUGGUGCGGUGCUUUUAGCUAACAAUCUACCCUCGCUCUUCGUUACGUUCACCUUUCCGUUCUUCAUGCAUCGUCUUCCUUUUAUUUCGUCAUGUAUUCAUAUGUUUCCUGCAGGCGGCAAGUUAUAUCGUGGUCGCCUUCUCACAGAAUGUUGCCAUGUCAUUGGCUGGUGUCUGCAUUACCAGUUUUGGAUCCGGCCUUGGAGAGAUCAUUCGGUAGCGGUAGCCGCUUGGUCGUCCGGCACUGGUGGGGCAGGUCUCAUCGGUGCUUUUGCAUACGCAUUCCUCACAGAAAAGUCGAUGGCAGGCUUGGAUCCCAGAGCUGCACUACUUGUUCAGCUCCUCGUGCCAGUUGUAUUCGCUCUCACGUAUUUCUUAGUGCUUGUCGUCCCUGAUGACGUUUAUACACCCGGAUGGCAUCCGAGGACGUGGAUUGUAUAUGCGAAGAUUCCUUCUGAGAGUCAGGAGGAGAAUGACAAUUCCGGUGUGGUGGAAGGAAGCCGGCAAGCGAGCAAGGAUCACUCUUCAAGUGUAGCGGUUCCACAAAGACAACUGACCUUCAAGCAGAAAAUUCAGCACAUUCUGGUGCGUCAUUCCUUUGAAACCCGGAAGUAG